GACAAUCUUCUUAAUUAUCUCAAGGCGUUCCCGACAACCGCAAACGACUCUUCCGUCUUUGUUCCCAGUUACUUUGUGUCUGAUCGGGUAUAAUGAGGAGGUGGAUUGAAGUUUGUCCAUUUGUAUUAUUGAUAUGUAGCUGCUAUGGGUCAAGGGCGAAGAACGCAACUUCAGCUGUAACAAGGCUAAUACGCUCUGUUGGAUUUCCCCAGGGUUCGGGAAUGGGGUUAUUCUUUGCUGUUGGUAUUCCACUGGACAUCCCAGACAAAUCCGUCUCUCUUGCAUUUUACUUCGAAGCUAACUACAUUCUUCCCAAUGAUAAAAAUUCGACUUAUUUCGAUUAUGACGAGUAUUACAGGGGACGAGGAUUGGACAGAAGAACAGCGUAUGAAUACAUCCAGAAUAAAUUGGAAAGCGCUGGAUAUCCAGGCAGAAGAUGCUUGCUGCGAGCUAUUUGUGAAGCUUCUAAUGGAUUUCUGCUGGAAAACGGUCUAGUCGGAGAUAUCCUUCACAUAUUCCUCACGCCAUCAUCUUCCAGAACCGAAGUCUUACCGUCAGAAAUAAUCAAAGCUGAGAAUUUCCCCAACUGUUACGAAUACUGCGACUGUUCCCUCAGCAUAGUUGAUCUGUUCACCCAUAUUCAAUGAAUCAAUUCAUC